AUGGACGACGCAAUGAAGAAACACUCCAUCGAGCACUUCGAGCUUGCCCCGGGGCCAGGCUCGGAUACUGCANCCUUUAUUGAUCCCGUCGCUGAGAAGAAGCUAUUGCGAAAAAUCGAUCUGAGGAUUUUACCGCCGUUAAUCCAGGGUAUGACUACUGAGUUGAAGAUGGGUGGGCAUGAUUACAAUAUUGCAUUUNAUAUCUUGCUCGAGGUACCGAGUAAUAUCGUAUUGAAGAAGAUUUCGCCCUCACUUUGGUUGAGUUGUAUCAUGGUACUUUGGGGUAUAGCAACUAUUGGACAAGGUUUAGUCAAGACGUUUGAAGGACUCGUUGCUAUGAGAGUCCUCGUUGGUAUCUUCGAAGCUGGGCUGUUUCCCACGAACCAGAACCCAUCAGAUGGGUUUUGGACUGCUAUUUGUNACUAUCAGCGCUAUGAACUACAGUGGCGCCUCUCCUUGUUUUUCUCUGCCAGCAUUCUCGCGGGUGGCUUUGGUGGUNNCUUCUGGCUUAUGCUCUUGCCAAAAUGGAUGGUGGAUAUUCGGGUUGGAGAUGGANUCUUCAUCAUCGAAGGCCUCUUGACCGUUGUUGUUGGCAUCGCUUCUAGAUUCUGGGUCUGCGAUUGGCCCGAAACAGCAAAAUUCCUCACCGAAGAAGAACGUCUGCUCUUGAUCUCACGACUCCAAACUGAUUCUGGAGAAGCGGUGAUGAACAGAUUAGACAAAGCUGCAACUCGCCGUAUCUUCAAAGAUUGGAAAAUCUGGUGCGGUGUAGUCAUGUACAUGGGCAUAGUCAACACCGGCUACUCGGGUUCCUUCUUCGUACCCACCAUUAUCCGUGAGAUGGGCUACACGUCUGCCUCGGCCCAAAUCCGCUCAAUUCCCAUAUUCGUCGUUGCUGCGGUCUGCUCGGUUGCUGCUGCUUGGUUGACCGAUCGUCUUCGCCAUCGCUUCGCAUUCUGCAUCUUCGGUCUCGUGGUGGCAUCGAUCGGGUACAUCAUCCUGCUUUGUCAGACCGGCCUGUCGGUCGGCGUCAAGUACUUUGCGCUCUUCCUCAUCGUCCCUGGCGGCUACAUUACUCAACCUAUCGUCCUGGCAUGGGUACAAAACUGUAUGUCUGGCCACUACAAACGCUCUGUGGCCGCCGCCAUGACAGUCGGUGUUGGCAAUUUGGGCGGAAUCGUUGCGUCAAACGUCUUUUUCGUUCAAGAGGCUCCUCUCUACCGCACAGGAUAUGGUGUCGGGUUGGGCUUCUUGUGGAUCUGUGGUCUUGGCUGUGUGGUACUAUUCGCUGGUGUCAUUUGGGAGAACAAGAAGAGAGAUAGAGGGGAAAGAGAUGAUAGAUUGGCAUGGUCAGAUGUCGAUAACCUUGGGGACGAUCAUCCUAGUUUCAGGUUCACUACUUGA